AUGGAGACAGCAAUAGCAACAGUGUUCUACCUUGACAAGCCACCAUACAAAAACGAAAAGCCGUAUUUCUGCUGCCUCCCACCGGAGUUUUUGCAAGGAAAUUCUUCAACUAAUCACGUCCAUAUCCCAGCCGAUAUCACCGUCACCAACAUCAGAAGCGAGGUAGCAACAUUCAGCCUCGACGAAAAUGGCUUCGAGGUGGCGGAACAAACCCUGGAUGACCAGUUCAACUAUGAGAGCGUGAAGUCCGGCAGCGAGAUCGAGCAGCGCUACAUUCAGGAAAUGGAAGCGUUUCUGACAGAAAGAUUCGAGGCCAAGAAAGUCGUCGUCUUUGAUGUAGAGACUCGGAAGAGGAACCGCGAAUUUCCGGGCAACAUCGGGGAGAAGUCAACCUUGGAGCAGCCUGUCCGUGGUGUCCAUGUUGGUGAGUGA